AAUGAUCGUCCCUCCUGGUUCAUUCUACAGCAAGGCAAACCCGGUCGCAAUUGAACCCCAUCGAGAUUUUAUAUUUUCAGCUCGCUGCCAAUGGCCGAAAGCCAUACAAGGAUAUUCUAUUUUAAUUCGAUAUGAUCAAAUCUCACCUUCAGCUGCAUGGUCUAUUAUAUACUAUAUAUACUGGCGACCAUUGUGUUGAAAUGGCGUUUCUAGUUGUGAAGUAAGCUCUAUCAUUUUUUGACCGAAUCCAUCAUCGUCCUAAAGAUGAUUCCAUCCUCAAAUACCGUGGCGGCGGCCAUAGUACUCUUAUCUGUUGUUUCUCAAGGAUCAUGCCAGCAGAGCACCCGCACGGUUGAUAUACAGGCGACUGCCCCUUCUGAUAUCUCCCAGAAAAUUGACCCUUCCUUUCCCGGCUUCGCUUUUGAAGAGUCUUCAUUUUAUGCCUAUUCAUUCGACGCUCAGGGUAAACCAAACAGCUUCUCUCAAAACCUUGUCAACUCCGUGUUGAGUCGCACUGGCGGAACACCCCUUCUUCGGGUAGGCGGAACAUCAGCAGACUACGGCCUUUUCAAUUCAUCUCAGAAAGACCCCACCAACUUCCCACCAACGAAGUCCAGCCCCCCAUUGACAGAUGGAGUUACAAUUGGUCCAUCGUUCUUCAAUGCCUUUGAAAACUGGCCUGGAGCGAAGUUUGAGUUCAUGGUACCCUUCCAAAACACGAGCUAUAGCCAUACUUUGGAGUGGGCGAAGACAGGAAUGCGACACAUUAGUAACGGGAGUCUCUAUACCUUGGAGAUCGGAAAUGAACCCAACUUCUACGGCUGGUUCAAGUCUGGCCAUGCUGCCGAAUAUGUGAAAAGGUACACCAACCUUAUGAACGAGUUGAAGCAAAGCAUCCCGAUCUUAAAUGGCCCAAAGAUGUUCCAAGCUCUCGACACGGCUUCUGGCGACGCAACUGCUCUUACGGCAAAAGACGCGUUCGAGAACGGGCUAAAUAAGAUUGCUUCUAGCAUUAAGCAAGUGGGCUUCCACUACUAUCAAGGCCACGGCCCGAAAACAUUGAGCGAGCUCCAGGACUGGGUACGCCAUAACACCUCGGUGAAUAAAAUGAAGGACUACAUCCCCAAUAUCGAGUACCUCAAAAAGACCGACAACGAUGUUGGCUUCGCACUGACGGAGGUUGGCUACAAUGUAGGAGGAGCCAAAGGUGGUGGCAAAACGCUGGAUAGCAAUUUAGCUACCGCUUUAUGGGCUGUCGACUUUCAGUUGUACUGCAUGACGGUUAACGUGAAGCGCGUCAACUGGCAGCAAAUCCUAAUGUCUACUCUUAACAUGUGGCGCGCGGUUGACAGCAAUGCUGGUCCUGCGACCGUUACCGCUAACUUCUACUCUCAGCCCUUCAUUGCCGACUUUAUCAGCAAAGGCGGCAAUACGCAGGUAGCCAAACUGGACGUCGGCGAUGAUUCAAAUGGCACGCUCACCGCAUACGCCGCAUACGAGUCCGGCAAGCUAGCAAGGGUAGCGCUUGUCAAUCUCGAUCUUUGGACUCCGCAGAAUGGAACCCGAACGUAUGUAGAUUUUGCGCUGAAGGGACUAUCGGGGACCUCUAAGCAGGCUAAGGUACAUUAUCUCGGUGCUCCGAAUGGCGCGUUAGCUAAGGACGGGUUGACGUAUGCGGGUUUUCAAUGGACGAAGGAAAGCAACGGGAUUGACCAACUGGCAAGGAACGAUAGUAGUGUCUUGGGACUCGACGGCACGGACGUGACUGUUCGCGUCAAUGCCACCUCGGCUUUGAUGAUUUUGCUGUAAAGGUGUCGAUAGAGAAGAAGUUCGGCAUGUACUAGCCAAGGAAGCGUAUAAUGAUUUGGGCGCCAUUGGAAUGGCUGGAAAAAACAUUUUCUUAUAUAGCUUGAAUUCAAUAUACAUAUAUAUUAGUUUAUGUACU